AUGGUGGUGAAGCAAUACAAGACUGCAGCCCCUGCGCUGUUGUUCCUUGACCAGGGUGACAACCAUAUGUCCCCUGGGCCCUAUACCCUGGACCCCGCUCAGAAGGCUGCAACCCUUUUCCAAGCAGUCACCAAGUGUCAGGCUGCAGGUGCUGAAGCACUUGCCUUCAAGAGCCGGCAAGAGGCAACGAUCUACCUCCACCAGUUGGUGGCUGAAUACCUCGACCAGCUCCCGUUUGGUAUGGGGUAUGUAAAGGGUCAACUCCAGAGCGGCCUCGAUCAAGAUGACCGGUACCAAGCCGAAUGGGUCCGAUCCAGAAGAGUACGUCUUUUGUCUUCAUCGACUUUUGGCUGCAAUGACGACGUUCCUCUCAGCUCUCGAACAAGAUCGAGAAACGGCUCUUACCAUAACAUCCGGGCGGUCGUGAAAGAGACUGAGGCUUUCGGCAUCAUCAACAACAUUCUCGCCGCCCCUCGCCGCUCCGUCACCGCCUCAAAGCCAUGUGUAGUGUUUGCCACAGGGAGGAGGAAACAGUUAGAUGCAGCAGACCGGGUGGGUGGCGCAUGGGUGAUCGACUUUGUCACUAAACGCCACCGUUUUCGCUUGCCUCUUCAGACACAUCGCCCCCUACUGGGACGCGGGACGAGGCACUGCACAAUGCGCCAGCCGGCCAUGGUGUUCUGUGCGUCCAAGAACUUUGCGUCUGCACCAUUCUCAACAGUCUCCGAGUCAUUCAAGGAUGACUUGGAACCAGUUUCUGGCUACGCUUGUGACUGGUGCGACUCGGCACCUGAACAUCGUCUCGCGUUCUUGCCCUCCGUCUCGCGCGCCCGUACUUCUAUCCUACGUCCGAAGGAAGGUGUUGGGAAGAGGACACAAGUAGCCGAAUACUGCUCCGCGUUUGACUACCCGGCCGGACCCGAGAAGGCGUCUACACCCUUCGUGAAAGUUUCCAAAAUCCAGGUGUCUCUUUCCGCCUGA